GUUUUCCAUCAUAGGAUAUCAAAAAGGUGAACAUACUUAACAGGAGCCUCGAUGCAUAUUGUCUCCUGAGAAGAAAAACGCCCGCUGGAGUCACUACCAGCUUAUUCGUCGCUAUUCAUCGUAUAAAACCGAAGAAAAAAGCUGGAGCAAGUCAGUCACGACCCAUUUUUCAAUCUCAGUCACCCACAGUGAACCCUUUUUCCCUUGGCUCGCAAAAAUUUUUGUAAUUCUAAGCAGAAGUCUUCUAUGUAUCGAACAGGCUAUAGACAUUCGAGUAAUGCCCCCAAAGCAUCGCCAUCGACGCGGUGUCAACGAUGCCUGGAGUAUGGUCAUUGGACGUAUGAAUGCAAAAAACCACGUCCGUACAAAGCACGUCCUACACGUACACAGCAGCUGGAAAAGCCCUUAAAAUUGGUUCAACCUACUCUACCUGACGAACUGCUGGAUCCACAAGGAUUGGCUGAUAAAAUUUUGGCCAAACAAGCGAAAUCGCGCAAGAAAAGACGCAGUUCUGUCUCUUCUAGCUCGUCAUCUUCCUCGUCCUCCUCGUCAUCAUCUGGAUCAGAGUCAGAUUCCGGUUCUGAUUCAUCCGGAUCCAGUUCCGAUUCCGGUUCGUCAUCGGAUUCCGAUUCGUCCACUUCGAGCAGCAGCAGCGGCAGCAGCAGCGACAGCAGCC